GGAGGAACAGGCACAAAUUUUUGGGGAAAAAAAACGGAUACAGAAACAGAGUGAACAAACUUGAUUCUCUGGGAAUCCGAUUAAGGACGUGAGCUUCAUCUGAAAUCAUCCAUUAGAACUUCUUCCCUGGUAAUCCCAUUACGACUGGGUAAACUCUCGAUGGUAUUGGUUUUGACAUAGGAGUUGGUUCGAUUGCAUGGUUUGAAGUUCCGAUCGAGGUUUAGUCGUCCGGUCAAGGUUCCAGGUCCUGGUCCUUGGCAUUGCAUAUACUCAGUUUCAUUGUUGUUGGGUCUUCGUUCAUUUUGCUGUGUCGGCUCGAUUCAAUUUUGGAAAGGAAUUUCAGCUAUACAGAAGAUUACAGACAUGUUCGGAAAGAUUUGAUUUUCUUGAUCAGCUAUUGACAGCAAGUUCCCCAGAGGGUGUCAUGGGGUUGAGCAAAACUGAAGUGAACUUGAAGAGGUUACUUGUAACUGCACCACAGCAGCAAAAUCAAGCAAAGCUUAUACAUUAUGUUGCCACUUUGCGGGAACUACUGGAGCAGUUGGCUGACGAGAGGAAUUCUGAUGGAUUACCAAGGGUUUCAAAAGCCAAGGUGAAUGAAUAUGCUGAGAACAUUGAAGCUGUUGCUGCCAAGUUAGCUGUGCCCAUGUCUGAUAUGCAUACACCCGAGGAACCUGUGGGUGAGACUUCCAGCAGUGGAACUCCUAAAGCAGAAGAAAGUGUGAAUUCUGCUUCUGAAGGAUUGAGAAGAAGAUUUGGGGUCCAUUCAAACAAUGAGGAGAGAUCUCGAGAUACCAUUGAUUCUGAUCAAUCAUCAGCUGCAGUCAAACUGGAUGAUGCUGCACGGACACAUAUUGAGAAGCAUAGGAAACUUCAGGAGGAUUUGACUGAUGAAAUGGUUGUUUUGGCACGGCAGCUCAAAGAGAGCAGUCUCAUGAUGAAUCAAUCCAUCAAAAAUACCGAGAAAAUACUCGAUUCAACUGAGAAAGCAGUUGAGCAUAGCCUGGCAAGUACAGGGCAUGCAACUUCCAGAGCUAUGGACGUCUAUUCUCGGAGUUUCAAGACUACAUGCUUCCAGUGGCUUUUGAUUUUUGUCAUGACAUUAGUCUUUGUCAUGGUUGUAUUACUUAUUCGAGUCACUUAGCACUUAGCAGCCAACACCUUUGUUACUGGAGAUAUAACACACAACUCUUGCCUUUUCCCCAUCUGUGUAUAGUACCAGAACAUACCUCAUUAUUAGGGACAGGCAAAACCACCUGCAUUACUCUCCUUUAAUUUUAUUCAAGUUUAACUCCAUAUGCUUUAUGUUGGAUAUAUUAUUGGUUGUUUUUAUUA